UGACUGGCUCAAACGCUUAACACGAUCGUAGAGCGUACAGCGUCGCGUCGUCGAUCACUCGUUAGUUCGAGAAGUCGGCUGUGAGCUCUGACGGUUAUAAAAGUAGCAAGGACAUACGUAUGGGCCAUUAGUCGAAAUCUAUUAACGCACAACGCGAAGUCGUCUUAACACGGGCGUUGGCGAGAGUUGGGAAAAAUAUUAAGAAAUUAAUUAAUUAAUACAAAGUAAUAAGAAAAUUAUUUAAGCGCGCUUUACCGGCAAGUUAAUAUUAUAUUAAAGCGCAUGUAAAAUAAAAGUUUGAUAAUUAUUAAAAAAUAUAUAUAUUUAAUGCUCUUUUAAGAGAAAAGACUAUAUACGCAUAAAAACAAUUAUUUGAGUGUGAAAGUUGUCUACCACAAUAAAAAAAAAGUUUCUGAAAAAGUUUCAAUCUAAACAAAAAGUGCAGUUGGAAAACUAAAAACUAAAUUGACUGUUACACCAAACAACUCCCUACUGAAAAAACUAACAAAAUAAAUUGGCGAAAAUGAUUGCAGGAUCAUAUUUUAUAAAAUUGCUAACGCGACAAUGCACAACCAAUGAUCUGCAGCACCUGUUGCUCGUCUUUUUCACGGUGCUCACGUUGAUUAGCUUCCUGCAGUGGCUGCUAAACGCCUAUCGCGAGCUGCGCAAGCUGCCGCCGGGGCCGUGGGGCUUCCCCAUUAUCGGCUAUUUAUUUUUUAUGGGCAACGAGAAGCACACACGCUUCAUGGAAUUGGCCAAGCAAUAUGGUUCGCUCUUCUCGACACGCCUGGGCAAUCAAUUGACUGUAGUGAUGAGUGAUUACAAAAUGAUACGUGAAUGUUUUAGACGCGAGGAGUUCACCGGCAGACCGGAUACGCCAUUCAUGCAAACGCUUAACGGUUUUGGAAUCAUCAAUAGCACCGGUAAACUGUGGAAGGAUCAGCGUCGCUUUUUGCACGAAAAACUACGCCAAUUCGGCAUGACUUAUAUGGGAAAUGGAAAGCAUGUUAUGGAGAAGCGUAUUAUGACCGAGGUGCACGAAUACAUUCACAACUUACGCGUCUCCGAAGGUCAGCCUAUGGAUAUGGCGCCCGCCAUCAGUGUAGCCGUUAGCAAUGUCAUUUGCAAUAUUAUGAUGUCCGUACGUUUCUCCAUUGAUGAUCCGAAAUUCCGUCGUUUCAAUUUCCUCAUCGAAGAGGGUAUGCGUUUGUUUGGUGAAAUACAUACAGUCGACUACAUACCCACCGUACAGUAUUUCCCAUCAAUUUUAACUGCCAAAACGAAAAUCGCUAAAAAUCGCGAAGAGAUGCAGAAAUUCUAUCGCGAUGUCAUCGAUGACCACAAAAAGAGCUUUGAUCCAGCGAAUAUAAGGGAUUUAGUUGAUUUCUAUUUGGUUGAAAUUGAGAAGGCGAAGGCGGAGGGACGUGAUGAAGAGCUGUUCGAUGGCAAAAAUCAUGACGAACAAAUCGUUCAAGUCGUCAUCGAUCUCUUCUCCGCCGGCAUGGAAACGAUCAAAACCACUUUGCUCUGGAUUAAUGUAUUCAUGCUGCGCAAUCCCGAAGCGAUGAGAUGCGUACAAGAGGAGCUCGAUCAGGUUGUCGGUCGUCAUCGGUUGCCCUCCAUUGAGGAUUUGCAAUUUUUGCCAGUGACCGAAUCGACAAUUUUGGAGUCGAUGCGCCGCUCGUCCAUUGUGCCGCUCGCGACUACACACUCGCCCACAAGAGAUGUCGAAGUGAAUGGUUACAAAAUCCCUGCCGGUUCGCACGUCAUUCCACUCAUAAACAGCGUACACAUGGAUCCCAAUCUCUGGGAGAAGCCCGAAGAAUUCAAUCCACGUCGCUUCCUAGACGCCGAAGGUAAGGUGCGCAAACCCGAGUAUUUCAUCCCGUUCGGCGUGGGACGUCGCAUGUGCCUUGGCGAUGUGUUGGCACGCAUGGAGCUCUUCCUCUUCUUCUCCUCAUUUAUGCAUUGCUUCCAUAUAACGUUGCCCGAAGGUCAACCGCUGCCCAGCUUGAAGGGUAAUGUGGGCGCCACCAUUACACCCGAGACAUUCAAGGUGUGCCUAACGCCACGACCGCUGAUACUGAAUACACACACUGUGGAACCACAUCAUAUGCGCAAUGUAGGCGCAAAUUAAGUGGCCAUAAGAAUCACCGAGCGGAAAGAGAGCGCCUGCGGUUGUGGGAGUGAGAAGGUGAUAUACAAUGGUGCAUAGCUGGUGCGCGUGUUACCAUGAUGGCGCGCAUUGCUGCUAAUGUGCGAGCACGAAAGUGAAAAAGAGAGAGAGAGAGAGAUGGAGAGAUAGAGAGAGAGCGGUAACGUAUGUACGCGCAUAAUGUUAUGAACAAGCGUUUAGCAAGAGAGCUGUUUAAACAAAGCAUACGCGAGUGCAUGCGAGGCGCAUGCGUUGAAAUGCGUUUCCAGGGCACGGUUUUGUUCCUAAUUGACGACAGUCGAUAAAACCAACAAACUUUUUAAAAUACAAUAACAACAAAUAAGCUAAGCGAUGCAGUAAACUGUAAUUUGACAGUAGUUAGGUAUCUUGGCAGAGAGCGAGCAGCACAACGAAGUAGGAAGUUUAGAUGUUUUUCAAGCUUUAUACAAGAGAGAGAGAGAGCGACAGAGAGAGUAGAGGGACAAAGCGGAUAAAAAUACAACGUUGUAUAGUUUUCUUGAAUACAUUCAAACUUUAUAGUAUUUUUAUUUAAAUAUUUAAUGCUACUUAAGUGGCACUUAAGUGACAGUUAAGUAAUUUUAAUCAUUUGUAUUACCACUUAGAGUGCUUAUAAGCUAAAAAAGCGCAUAGAACUUAACGCGCAUUGGUACAGUCAAAAGUUUGGCAAAAGCUUAGUUAAUUGCUGCUGUUUAGGUUAAGCACUCACUUAAGCUGCUGCCAAACAGACGUAGGUAAGCGCCAAUAUAUACAUACGUAUGCAUAUCUUUAUUUAUGUAUGCAUUUAAGCCGCAAGCCAGCCAAGUAAUCAACCAAUAAAUUUUUGUCAACAUGUUCUAUUCUAGCACCCCCAAGAAGCUGUGUUCAGUAAAUUUAUGCAUUUAUAUUUUGUAUAAAUAAAUUAUUUGUUAGUGUGUAUCUUGCACACAUACAUACACACAUUUGUAAGUAGAUUUGUGUAAGAUUCAUAGGUAAUUAAUUUAAGUCAACUGUGGUUUAGUUUUAUACUCCAUCUAUGUAGAAUAUUUUAUGUAUGUAUAGAAACUAGUUAAGAAUUACUUAGAAGCUUACGUUGGAGGGCGAAAUAGAAAAUAUGAUAGGAAAAUCGUGAACAAACUAAAAAAUAUUAAAAAAA